UGUACAUUGAACGCACCUUUAGGUUGAAAACAAUGGCGGACGACUAAAUUUAGCGUAUUCUUACAUAUGGUAAAGCUGUAAAUAAUGGCCUCAUUUGGCUGGAAGAGGAAGAUUGGGGAGAGGGUUUCAAAGUCAGUGGUUGAGCAGUUUGAGGCCGAAGAGGAGAGAAGUGAAGGUAACAGUGAGGUCGAUCGGGAUGAGGAGGUGGACUGGCUGCACGCCAUCAAACGGAAGAAGGAGAUCCUGCUGGAGGACUGUGCUGCGAAGAGCAUGAGGCUGAAAGAGGAAGGGACCAGGCUGGCUGAGGAGGGCAGGCACUGGGAGGCCAUAAAGAAGUGGGAUGAGGCUAUUCAGCUGACUCCAGACAACUCACUGCUGUACGAAAUGAAAUCUCAGGUAUAAAGUUUCCAACUCAUUAAUUUCUCUGUGAUUGCCUUGCAAAUUUCUUGUCUUUUUUU